AUGGAAAUGGGUUUUCUGUGCAAGCUUGAAUUUGUAGAUUUGGUUGUGUUGGCCCCUGUUAGGCUUGAAGUGAUGGGAAAGAAGGCAAAGAAUGCAACCAACAUUUCUGGAAAUGAGGCUGGGAAAAUUCCAAAGAGAUUUAGAAAGUGGAGAAGAGAAGGAAUGUUAAGAAUAAUCCUUGAUGUCCCAACAGUAGGAGGACGCUUGAUGCUUGUGGACAUGGCUGGCUCUGAAAAUAUUGAGCAAGCUGGCGAAAUUGGAUUUGAGGCAAAAAUGCAGACUGCAAAGAUCAACCAAGGAAACAUAGCUCUCAAAAGAGUGGUUGAAUCCAUUGCCAAUGGUGAUUCUCAUGUGCCUUUCAGAGACAGCAAACUGACCAUGCUUCUACAGACCCCAGAGGAAAUACACAAGACCAUCUCCACCCUUGAAUAUGGUGCAAAAGCAAAAUGUAUUGUCCGUGGUCCUCAUAUGCUAAUCAAGGAUAAAAUUGGGACUGAAGAUUCAUCUGCUGUUAUUUUAGGAUCAAGGAUUGCUGCCAUGGAUGAAUUCAUCCUUAAACUGCAAAGGGAAAAUAAGCACAAAGAGAAAGAGCGAAAUGAAGCACACAGGGAGUUACAGAAGAAAGAAGAGGUUGCUGCACUGAGAGCUAAACUUGAGCUUAUGGAAGGUACGGGAUCUGGGAAAAAGGAGGAAGAAAUCAACUUGAAGGUGACUGACCGUGAGUUGGAAAAUAAGUUGGAGGAAUGCCAGCGUAUGGCAAAUGAGUUUGUUGAAUUGGAGAGGAGGAGAAUGGAAGAAAGGAUAUUGCAGCAGCAGCAGGAAGCUGAAAUGCUGUGGCGGCAGUUGGAGGAAAUUGAGCUUGAGCUAUGCCGCUCAGGUGAUGGAAAUGGAAGAAUGGUAAAGUCAAUGGAUUUGGACAUGGGUGAUCAAGAACCUUUUGCUCGUGAGGUGAAAUAUGUAGGUGGGGUUGCUUAUCAAUCUGACAGCAGUAUUGUAAAUGCUGUAAACAUUGAUUCUUUUGAACCAAAAUAUGCUGAUAGGGUAUGCCUAAGAACUAUUUUUGAGGAAGAAGAAAUGGAAGAAGAGGAAGGACUUAAGGAAAAUGUGGAAGCUGAAGAAGUGGAGAAAGAAGUUAUAGAGGAAAAGAGAGUGUGCAUGGUUGAUGGGUCUAGCCUCCAGAGUAAUUAUAAUAUGGGAACUACAGAGAGCUCUCUCAACAUCAUUGGCUUCCAAGGAGAACUACGACCCUUCGCUGAUGCAGAUAUUGAAGUGUAUUUGAAGUGGGAGGCUUCAAAAGAGAAUCCAGGGAAGUUCAUUACAACACUUAAGGUUGUAAAAGAUGCAAGCCUUGCUGACCUGCGAAAGUUGAUUGCAAUUUAUCUUGGUGCAGACAAUCAUGCAUUCAUUUUUCUCAUGCUUGGGGACUACUAA